CGUGUGAACCUGCGUCCAACAUACCAGAACAUCAAUCGCUACGAUGCAUCAUGUAUUGACUGUCCAAGAAAUCAUCGCCCAUAUCUUUGGUUUCUUGGAUCAAAGGUCCAAUGCCCGGAACGCUUGUGUGUGCAAGACUUGGUCGGAGUGCGCGCUGGAUGCCGUUUGGUAUGAGGUGCCACUGCCCAAUGUAUUUUCAUCCUUGAGUCCCAUGGAAAAGCGAGACUGGACGGGACUGUCGUUCGUGAAGUCUCCCAACGACGCUGACUGGGUACGAUUCAUGCAAAAUACCCGUCGUGUCAGACGCAUCAAAGAUUCGAGCAAUCGUCCCACCUUUGCUCUCACUGCACUAUAUGAGAUCGCGGCCUCGCGACCGCAUUCCCCUAUCUUUCCCAACCUUCGUCACAUCCAGGGGUCUAGGGGCAGUUCCACUUUCGAGAACCUCUUCCUUCAAAGCGGUCCGGCAACGUCUCUCGAUAUAUUAGCUUCUAGACCUGCUCGAGGCAACUACGAUCUUCCCUGCCCAUCCACUUCCGAGGCUCUAUUCGACAGAAUCAUGGAUAGACUUCCAUCCCUUCAGAGAUUCGAAAUCAACGAUGCACAGAAAAUAAGCGACAAGGACGCUAACGAGAUCGCUAACGAGAUCCCAAGAUUUAUCAAGAAAUUUUCCGCCUUAACGGUCGUUUCACUUACCCCGUGCCUCCUCACAUCGGCCGUCAUGUCGAGCCUCGCCCGCCUGCCAUGUCUCUAUUCCCUCCGAAUGCCCAUCAAAGAUUUUGGAGUCCUCGACGGGACCCUUCACGUCUCGAACCUGGCUGAUGUAGAGCUUGAUUCCGAUUCCUUUCCAUCUCUUCGCGAGAUUUCGCUCUCGGCACCCUUACAACAAGCUCAAACAUUUUUCACCCACAAAAACUUCCCCUUGGGGAACUUAACCAAGUUGUCGUUAUAUUAUACCCUUCAAGAGGUCGCAUCGCAUCGUGAUCUUCAGGUCCACGACUUCCUAUCGAUGCUCGCACCCGUAUGUCAAAACCUUCAGCAGCUGGAAUUCUUGGUCGAGUGUCCGGUGAUUGUUCAGGACGAUGACUCGUGUCUCACUUUCCGGGAUAUCAGCCCUAUUCUGGAUUUCCCUGCACUGAGAAAAUUGACCCUCAUACAUGAUGAAGCUAUCGAGAUGACAGAUGAUGAGGCGGAAACACUAGCUCUGCGUUGGUCGACUCUCGAAGAGCUCUCCCUUAAUCCUUGUCCUACCCUCGCCCACCCAGAGGAUGCCUCGAUGACUCUGAAUGCCCUCAUUCCAUUUUGUCGUCAUUGCCCGAAUCUCCGUCAACUCUCACUGUUUGUUGAUGCCGUUGCACCUGUCACCGUUCCGACGAACCUCAGUGCCCUCCGUCCCCUUCUUUCCUUCGAUAUGGGCGCAUCACACUUGCCAUCUUAUAGUGACCGGAAAGGUUGGGACAUCAUACGUGGUACCCUCCCUCACUUCUUUGCGCGCAUCCUCCGUGACUCCAGUAGCCUCAAGUUUGAGCGUUCUUCUGCUGGAUUUUGCAAUAUUUCGAAGGACCGGAAAAAUUUGCUUUCAUUGAUCUCGCUCGUCAUGGAGGAACUGUGGGAACGGGAGAAGGCGGUGAAAGAAGCAAAGGCAGAGGACACUCCUCUCGAACUUCUCGGGCCGUCUUUGCUGUCCAUUGUUCGCUGGACGGGAUUUGCCGGACUUCGCUGUGAUUUGGUCGUUGUCGAUGCUCAGAUUCAGACGAAAGUCGACUCUCUCGACACAUCGCGGAGUCUCAUGCCCUUACCUCUUUCUACGGCCACAGCGUCAUUACCUCCUGCUUCACCUGUUCCGCAUUGCUCAAAUAAGCCAGAGUCAUCGCUCUCUGUAUCGCCGUCUUCGUCCUCUAAUUAUCUGUCGCCAUCACUGUCUCCGGCUUCAUUGCUAAGUUCCAGCCUGACGCCUCCCUCCUCACCACCUACUGCCACAACACUUUCGUCGCCGCCUAUCGUGCGCAAAACACCUUCAUCAGGUGCUGUCGGAAGGACUCCUGUGUCUUCUCCAGAUGAUUCUUCGACCGACGAGGCUCGCCUCGCAGCGCGUUACCAGGACGAUUUCAGGCGGGUUUGGUCUAGCAGCGUAGUCAUGCUACAGGCGACAGUCGGUGUAUACGAGCUCAUCACUCGCCUUGGUAUCUGGACUGGAGAUACCAAGGACUUUGGAGUUCUGGCCCGCGCUCAUCCCGACCUGGCCCAGGUCCUGUACAGGACUCGUGAGACUGGGAAUCUCCGCGAAAUUUCUACUCAUCCUGCCUUCCACAAUCCAUUGAACACUGUCAUCAAUAAUGUCAUUGACCGUGUCAGUUAUAUAUUCACUGCAAUCCGGGAUGGAGCCCUUCCCUCCGUGUCCUUUCUUCAGCACGCGGGCGUCGAGUCUCGAAACAUACCUUAUCUGCACGAUCUUGAUAACUCAAGUACUGCCAGCUCUAUCAAGAUCGCUGAUGAGCUCAUGAACACCAAAAGAGGCUACAUCACUGCGUCAUCGACAAGAAAGACCAGCCUCCUUAUCCAAGGUCUUCUUCAGUACUGGGGCCUUUAUUUCUCAUUCUCUGCGGCCACCUCUCGAGACGAAUCCGGGAUCCCUUCAACUUCACCGGACCUUGCGUUUGCGCUCAAAACGCUCGCCCGGUUACGAGCUUCGUCCGCCUGCAGGAGCACCGAUUUCUCUCGCUCUCUGGACAAAGUCUUCUACGCCCUUUACCUCUCUCGAAUCCUCGUCCUUCAUCAUUUUCUGGACAGCCUCCCACCAGCUCUCUCAGAAAGUCAAGCCCGCAAAGAAUGGAUCUACUUCCAACUUGCGCCACCGUGCACAUCGUUGGGCGUCGAUAUCUUCACGUUUGUGCUCGAGGGUGUCUUAGGAGGGGACGUCGAUGAUCUUCGUCGUAGCGCGGAAUGCAAAUUGACCGGUCUGGGAUGGAGGAACCAUAAGUGGUUUUCCAGGUCACUUACUGCGUCUUACGAAGAUGAAGGCGCCUAUCUCGAUUGUCGAGAGGGGAAACUUCCACCGCUGUACCUCGUCACCGAUGAGAUUGAGACGCACGCUAGUGCCAGUGAGAAGGUCAAACCCCGGGUUGCUCGUCGUGUCGCUCGAAGACGCGCGGAGGUCUACUCUUUAUUCUCCCGGCCUGAUUCAUUGUGA